UCGGCCAUCUUUCCCGCUGAACAUGAAGAAGCUUAAAACUAUCGUUACGUUGCGUUUCGCUCUUUAUGGCUGCAAGAACAGGCCUUUCUUUCAUAUUGUGGCAACGAACAGGAAACGACCCCGAAACUAUGGAGCUCUUGAACAGGUGGGAACUUAUGAUCCUUUGCCAAACACUCGAAAUGAAAAGCUAGUGAGCUUAAAUAUGGACAGAAUAAGAUACUGGUUAUCAGUUGGAGCUAGACCUUCCCGACCAGUGGCCAUUUUAUUAGGCCUGGCUGGAAUUCUUCCACCUCAUCCUCGCAGCCUGGUUACAGCAGCAAGGAACCGUGAGGCUCUUGCUGUGGGAGCUCUAACCUUAGAUGCUUUGGACGAGGCAGAAAAAGAUGAGGAAGCUGAAGAUACUGAAAAAGGCACUGAGAGUUAAAUUGGUAUCAAAAAAGAAUUGCAAAAAGACAGAUUCCUGAAAAAUGUUUCCAAGUGCUGUCAAGUUUUCUCAAAGUGAUGUCAGGAGCUGCAUCAUCACGUGUAGGACUGAAGAGAUUCAAUUCCUCUGGUCAUGAUGUUGUGAUGGGUGGAAGCAAACAUCAGCAUCAAAAUGCUUUAAUUCUUACACUUAUUGUUGCUUCAUCAGUCUAACUAGACAUCCACAGAUUUUUUUUAUUUUCAAUGACAACUGGGAAUCAUCCAGUUAGACUCAUAUGAGAUACAUGAACAUAUUGGUAAACUACAAUGGAGGCAUCAAAGGUGUUACAGCUAUGGUUAUUUUAAUCCUGUAAAAUAAAUACAUUCUUUUUGCAAAUUGGAAGAAGUUAUUUUGACCUAAGUUUGUAAGAGGACAAAUAAAAGGCUUCAAAAUACAAA